GCGGCAGAAAAUAAAAUAAAAACUAAAAACCGGAUAAAUCAAGAUCGGCGCGCGAUCGCCGGCCGCCACACGCGUCUCACGCACGCACGCACCUAUGGCCGCGGCGGCGCAGGGCGAAGCGAGCACGGGCGCCACGACGACGGCGACGUUCCGGCGCGUGUACGAGACCCUGAAGGCCGAGCUUCUCCGGGACGGCUACUUCCACUUCAACGACGACGCCCUCCGAUGGCUCGACGCCAUGUUGGACUAUAACGUGCUUGGCGGAAAGCUGAACCGUGGCUUGGCCGUCGUCGAGAGCUACAAAUCGUUGAAAGCAGGAUCUGAACCGAGCGAGGAGGAGGAGUUCCUUGCUUGCGUUCUUGGCUGGGGCAUUGAAUGGCUUCAGGCUUAUUUCCUCAUCCUUGAUGAUAUUAUGGAUAAUUCUCAAACUAGGCGAGGAAAACCAUGUUGGUAUAGGCUUCCGAAGGUUGGCCUCAUUGCUAUAAAUGAUGGACUUCUCCUUCGCAGCCAAAUAUCACGGAUCUUCAAGCGUUAUUUUUACGGGAAACCUUACUAUGUUGAUCUCCUAGACUUAUUCAAUGAGGUCGAGUUUAAGACGACUUCUGGCGAGUUGUUAGACCAAAUUACAACAAGUGAAGGGCAGAAAGAUCUGAGCAAAUAUACUGUAGAUGUUUACAGGCGCAUUGUAGAAUACAAAACAGCUUACUAUUCAUUCUAUUUGCCGGUAAAAGAGAAUGUUGGUUGUGCACUGCUACUGUCCGGUAGGAAUUUAGAUGAUUAUGUUCAAGUGAAGCACAUCCUAGUUGAAAUGGGUGUUUACUUUCAAAGUCAGGACGAUUAUCUUGACUGUUUUGGUGAUCCAGAAGUUAUGGGCAAGGUUGGAACCGAUAUUGAAGACUUCAAGUGCUCUUGGCUGUUUGUUCAAGCACUAGUACGUGUCGAUGAGAGGCAAAAAGACAUCCUAUUUGAAAAUUACGGGAAGUCAGAUCCUGCUUGCGUCGCAAAAGUGAAGGCUCUGUAUAAAGAGCUCAAUCUCGAGAGGGUGUUCUCUGAGUAUGAAAGUGAGACUUAUGAAAAGCUGAUCUCAGACAUCGAAGCGCAGCCAAAUGAAGCUGUACAAGCAGUGUUGAAAUCCUUUUUGCAUAAAAUCUACAGGAGGAGGAAAUAGGACUAUUCUUGCAUACAAAAAGAUUGUCGGAUGGAACAACUUCUUUCCUGUCGGCAUGUGCAAGAUGAAUAACACUCCCUUCUUCCCAAAAUAACUGUCGUUGUUUCAGUUCAAAUUACAGAGGGAGUAUUACUUAUGAAUGGUCCAGAGUUUUUGCAUACCAUGUAAAAGUAUUAAAUAAAAUGUACUUCCUUUCUGUUUUGUUCUUCUAUUUGUAUGUAUAAGAUCAUUUACACACAGUUAUUGUUGUACUUUU